UUAGAAUUUCCUCCAACAUAAGCCAACCACAACCUUAAAUCUGCACCAAAGAAUCAAUCAAUCACCUAAAAGAGUUAAAUAUAAUAAUAAUAAUAAUUCUAAAACAAUAACAACACUAAUAUUAGAAAACUUAAGGAGAUCAAAUUAGAGGUCUUUAAAAUGGUGAUGUUAUGAAUCAAAUAUAAUUUUAGUUUACUACUUAUAAAUGGUGUACUAGUUAUGGAAGUUUUAAAGAGGGAUGAAGAAGAUGUUAGUCCUAGAUUUUCAUUUCAAAAGAAUGUAUCAUCAUUGUCUUGUGUAGUACCACCAUUCUUGCUCAGCCCACAAAAGAGCUUGCACUACAACAAGUUACCUGAGGAACCGCUCAAUCUCACAGUACUCAAAUUGGAUGGCUCUUCCUUUGAUAUUAAAGUUGCAAGGAAUGGGACAGUGGCGGAGCUGAAACAGGCGGUGGAAUCUGCCUUCAGUCAUUUUCCAAAGACAGGAACAGGCAAGGUUUCAUGGUCACAUUUAUGGGGACAUUUUUGCUUGAGCUACGAUGGGCGGAAGCUACUUACUGAUAAUGAUUUGUUAGGAACCUAUCGGAUCAAGGAUGGCGAUAAGCUCAGUUUUAUGAGGCAUGUCUCCAUCAGUUACAAUCUGGUCAAAACGCGAUCAGAGAAAGAGGACUCUAGUAAGAAUGAACCUAGCAUAUCAAAAGGCUGUGAAAGCAGACAACGGAGAGGAGAACGAGAGGGUAAUCACCAUCAAGAUGACUUAUCAGAGAACCAAAACAAUAUUCAUGACAACAACAGGGGUGUUGCAGCUAAUUGUGAGUCCAGGCUGGUCCAUUUGUUUAGAGGGUGGCUCCCAUACAAAUUGACAAGCCCAGAGAAGAGAAUGAAACAGAAGAGCAGGACAUCGAGUUCACGCGAUGGUUUACUUAUGGAGUUCUAACAGUGUUGUGCUGUGAUUAGUACUUUUGAAAGAGAGGAAUUCAUCAACUGUUUGCAAAUGUCAAAGAGAGUUGGAGAAGUUAAAGCUCUAAACUUUUGAGUAUCCAGUGACUUUAGUGUCCAACCUGAUUCUGUAAACAAGAUCAGUUGCCUGCCUAUGCAUCUCUUCUAUUUCUUCAUUUUGCAUAUCAAAAUUAAUUGUGUAGAACACUUGGUCAUUAGAAACAACAAAUCCACAAUUAUCAGACUUGAACUUCUGCA